AUGGCACGUGAAAUCUUAACAUUCCAAUUGGGCAAUUAUUCCAACUACAUCGGUACGCAUUGGUGGAACAUACAGGAAUCUUCAUUCAACUAUGAUCCCAACGCAAAACCGUCAGAAAUUGAUCAUUCGAUCCUGUAUCGAGAAGGUCAAACGAGACAACGACAGGUUACCUUCACACCACGCCUGCUGAUGGUUGAUUUGAAUGGGACUCUGAAGCAUGUGCCACGCACUGGCGACCUGUACGAACAACCGAUUGAUCCGGAACAAAUAUCAUCGGACCCUGCGGAGGUUACUGACAUCGGAUGGGAAACUGGAAAGGUUGAGGUGAUAAAGAAGGAAAAAUCCGCUGGGAAACAUCCUUACCAAGCGGACCUUCAGGCCGGAAGUUCCAACGACAGCGAGGAGGCAACGGAAAAAGAUUACAAUUUUUCCAAUACGGUUGAAAAUUGGAUAGAUUUUAGCUACACCCGAUACCAUCCGCGAAGUUUAAACAUCAUCGAAAGGUAUACACACACCAAGGAAGAAUCCCAACUCGAUACUAUUAUGAACGGUAUGGAGCUGUGGAAGGAUUACGACUUUCAGGACGAUUUUACUGACCGUGUGCGGCAGUACAUCGAAGAGUGCGAUGGUUGUCAGGGAUUUCAAAUGUUGUUCGAUUGCUGUGAUGGAUUUUCUGGACUAGCAAUCAAGCUGCUCGAGCAUCUGCAGGAUGAGUACAGCAAAUCCUCGCUCAUAUUUCCAGUAUUUUCGCCCAAGGCACCAAUGUUUAAAAAUGCCGAUGAAGCCAUGAGCGAUUCUAUACGCGUUAUUAAUACAGCACUUGCUUUUGCACAAUUAUCCGAACAGUGUUCGCUGUUUGUGCCCCUAUCAACUAUGAGCCGCUGCUGGCGCGAUGUGACCAAGCCACGUUCGCUUCCUAACCUUGUUUACGAUCCUACCAAUUUCUAUCAAACAUCCGCCAUUUUGGCGAGCUUCUUAGAAACAGUAACGUUGCGCUAUCGAUUAAAGGGAUCGAUUACAGCCGGUGCAGGAAGUUACAUUUCCGGCAUGUGCAGCGAUUUGAAUGCCUACGGACGAAAGAUGGCUGCAGCCGGACUAAUCUUUCCCUUUCCAUUAGGUGACACGCAAGAUUUAAUAGACUGUCUCGAUCAAUUGGAUGGUAAAAGCUUGACCGUUCAGCUUUCUCCAAACGUUAACGUGGGCAAUCGUGCCGUCGUACAAUCCGUGUGUGCCCGAGGAUUGCCACAGAAUCGUCUAAAGCGGCCCCCAACAGCCAAAUCUGCCCAACGGCAACAGAUAAUGCCUGCGUACAGAUGCAACAAUGUGAGCGAAAUGUUACAAUUCUUCUAUUCCUGCAGUCUCGAGAUCAGCAUGACGCACGUAACUUCGGUUCAGAGUCCUAUGACCGUGCGGCAACCGUUCCCGGUGGAACUGUUCGACAAACGAGUUGGCUACAACGGUUUCCUCACCGACUGUCCAUUGGCGCAAGCUUCUGCGCUGUACGUACAGCAUUGUCCGGCUUUAGCUGCAAUUCAAUCGUCGUCUGAUUUAGGGGAUGGCCUCAAUGCGCUUCAUCGUGAAGUUAGUCGAAUUCGGUUACCGAAAAUACCACGAUUUGCUGAGUGUGGUUUGGAGGAGGUGGACUACAAGGAAUCGAUCGAACGACUGUUGGAGUUUAAGGAAAAUUACGAUGAAAACUACGAACUGUAA